AUGGCAUCCUUCUUCUCCUUCUCGUCACCGGUCGACGUCGACGUGCGUCUGGACGGCGAAGAUGCACGCAAACAGGUCGAGAUCAAGAUGGACAAGGCGGGCAAGGAAAAGUGUCCCAUCUACUUUGAUGGUGAAGCGGUAAAAGGAUCGGUAUCGGUACGUGUACGCGAUGGAAAGAAGCUCGUACAUGAGGGGAUCAAGAUCGAGUUCGUCGGCAGUAUAGAGAUGUUCUACGAUCGAGGCAACCACUACGAAUUCCUCUCGCUCGUACAAGAGCUCGCAUCACCGGGAGAGAUGAGGGCAGCGCAGAACUUUGACUUCGAAUUCAAAAACGUUGAAAAGCAGUACGAAAGCUACAACGGCAUCAACGUCAAGUUGAGAUACUACAUUCGAGUGACGAUAUCAAGACGAAUGACGGACGUGGUCAAGGAACGCGACAUUUGGGUUCACUCGUAUCGUAUGCCACCAGACUCCAACAACGCCAUCAAGAUGGAAGUCGGCAUCGAGGAUUGUUUGCACAUCGAGUUCGAGUACAACAAAUCCAAAUAUCACCUCAAGGACGUGAUCGUCGGCAAAAUCUACUUCCUCUUAGUCCGCAUCAAGAUCAAACACAUGGAGCUUUCCAUCAUUCGACGCGAGACCACCGGGGCAGCACCGAACCAGUACAACGAGUCGGAAACCAUCACCAAGUUCGAGAUCAUGGACGGAGCGCCCGUGCGAGGCGAGACCAUCCCCAUUCGUCUCUUCCUCGGAGGGUUCGAGCUGACUCCCACCUUCAGGGACGUCAACAAAAAGUUCAGCACGAGGUAUUACUUGAAUCUGGUGCUCAUCGAUGAGGAGAACAGGAGGUACUUCAAACAGCAGGAGAUCACCGUGUUUAGGAUCCCGGAGAAUUGA